GCGCAUACGCUCUUUGCCUACGUUCCGUCUCUCUCUAUCCCGUGACCCAGGCCCCGGCCGUUCCUCUCGCGGCCUUGAGCCGUCGCAGCCGACGAGACGGAGCGGAUCGUCGCUGCUGUUUCCUUCGGGAAAUGCGGCGCGCACUCCGCAAAAAACGAUGAACGUUGAUCGGCCGCAUUUCCACGACGCCGCUAUUGUCGGCCGUCCCGCGACGCUCCAUUUGACGUGCGAAACAACGAGCGAGUGACGUAUCGUACGGAUCGAACUCGUCGCGCGAGUAUAUGCGCAUAUAUGUACAUGGCGCGCUCUCUCUCACACACAGACUCAGCCUCUCUUUCUCUCCCCCCUCUGUCUCCUUCUGUCUAUCUCUCUUUCGUUCGCUCUCGAAGCGACAUUGCACGCGGUGAAACGUAUCGUACGCCUUGCAAACGAGCGAGCGGCACAACAGCGGGCUAGAUGUGCACGGAUACGUCCGUGUAGCCGCUCGUUCUCGCGUGGUGUGUCCGUGUCUCCCAUGGCUCGGUUCCGCGCGCGCGGGAGUGCGACGGCGAGAUUGGCGGUGUGGUCGGUGUGAUGUGAUGAUGUGACGUGGUGUGCGCGUGUGCGUCGUCCUGCUGGGAGUUCUCAGUAUGCGGCGCGCGGCCGUCAUUGGAAAAUCAAUACCAGACGGCACUAAUCAGCUGGCCCAAGAUCCGUCAUUAGAACUCGCCGGCUAUAACGGUCCACCGUUGCUCUCUUUCGCAACUCGCCUGUUCGCGACAGUAUCUCACUAGAAUCCCACGUCCGUGAGGAAAGGGUGAAAGGAGGGAGGAGCGAGAGAGUGGGGGAGAGAGAGAGAGAGAAAGAGAGCGGCGUGUAGUACGAAAAUAUAGAAUCGUCCAUGCAGAAACUUCGAUGACGAACAAUCGAUGACGUUCUGCAGCUCGGGGGGGAGAAAAGGGAGCCGCGGUGUCUGCGUGUGUGUUGUGUGUGCACGAAUAUAUAGGACCUUCGUCCUUCGGGCCAGACAGUGACAUUGGUCGUGCUCCGACGUAUCGAUUUAAAGAUACGUGGACGGUGGUCAUUAGAGGGAGAUGCUAUAGAGAUAUAGAAUCGUUGCCAUAAACAUUAAAGUUAACUAAAGUUUGACCGACGCUCCCCCCCUCCUCCCCCCUCUCUCUUCGUGAACUUUUCUGUGACUUCAUCGAGAAUGAACGCAAAAUUCGACCGGGGCUUGAUACCGACCAGUGGCAUCGACCAAUGCCAACAAUCGAGUUGUGGGGACGCUUUUGCUGAUCGAGCCGAAAACGCGUCGGGACAUCGCGAGCGAAUCGUUCAUGGAUUACGGGGCGCGCGAAAGCGACGGAUAAGUGUUAUCACGCAGCGCUGCGUGAGUUGUGUUAAAGUGCCGGCGUUUACGAGACAAUGCACGACGCUGGGGCGCGGAGGAAGAGGAGGACGGGGGGGGGGCGAAUGCGCGGAGAGAGGGCAGGCCGACGACGACGAUCGUUCGAGAGGAGAGGAGAGCCGCCCCUCGGAGGCCGUGAAAUCGACAACGGCCACGACCGACGAGAGAGAGCUCGUUCUUCCUCGAAUCCUGUGUGUGGCACCGAGAAGAGUCCCUGGCUCUGUCUGCACUGCGGGGCCGUGCACUGCGGACGGUACGUAGCGGGCCACGCGCUGCAGCACUACGAGACUAAUACUCAGCACUGCGUGUGCAUAGACUGUGAGAACCUGGCAGUAUUCUGUUAUACCUGCGACGAGUACGUGGUGAAUGACACCACAAGCGGGCAGAUCGAGAAGAUACGGCGCGUCACCUUCCGCAAGGACGAGCACAAGGAGAAUGAGACGAGCUGGAACACGUCGCCGUCCACGACGCCUCCGUCGUCGAGGCGCGACAACGUCGGCCACGACGAUCCGGACGAUCCGGACGACCCGGACGCUCUGUGGAAGGCGGAGGUGGUCGUGAGGAACCUACGACCAAGGACCGCGCGCAAGAGGCUACACGCCCUGGACGCGAGCAGCGCGGACAAUCGACCGGCGACCAAGCGGCGCAGCUCCAAGAGUACCAAAGAGAAGAAGGUCGUCGGUCUGAGAAACCUCGGUAAUACCUGCUUCAUGAACGUGGUGCUGCAGUCCUUCAACAACAUCAGCCACUUCUGCGAGUACCUCACGCAGAUGCCGUGCUUGGAGGGCAUCGCGUUCGACGAAUCGUCGUUGGAGCCGCCCACACAUCGGGGUCGCAUCGUCACUCCGGGCCGCGCCAAAGAGAUGUCCAUGAGCGACGCCCUGUUGGCCGAGGAGCUGAGGAAGGUAUUGCUGGGCUUGAGCCUGGGUGGGUCCAACGGUCAGGCCAUCUCUCCCGAGUGCCUGUUCCUCGCUAUCUGGAAAGUCGUGCCGAGAUUUCGAGGCUACCAGCAGCAGGACGCUCACGAGUUUCUCACUUACAUGCUCGAUCGACUGCACACCGAACUGCUGCAGUUGCUGCCCAGACUGGGACACGAGCCUUUGGGAUUGCGUGGCAAACAGAGCAUCGUGACCGCCGUCUUCGGAGGCACUCUUCUUAGCGUGGUCCAUUGCAUGAACUGCCGCACGGACUCGAAGACGCACGAGCCCUUCCAGGAUCUCUCGCUGGACAUACCGGACAGGCUGCAGAGACGGACGAAGGAGCAGGAGGAGGUAUGCAGUCUGACUUACAGUCUUACGAGAUUCUUCAAGGUCGAGGAGCUGGCCGACAGCGAGCUCUACUUCUGCGACAAUUGCAUGGGCAAGCAGAGGUCCACCAAGAGGUUCUGGAUACACAGGCUGCCUAACGUGUUGUGCCUUCACAUUAAAAGAUUUAGGUGGUGUAAUUCCUAUCGCUCGAAGGUGGACACGCAGGUGGACUUUCCGAUGGAGUCUCUCGACAUGUCCGCGUUCACCGUGCGCGGCAUGACCGGGACGAGAUUGGGCGCUCAGAAUAGUCACCUUUACGACUUGGCUGCCGUUAUCGUACACCAUGGCUCUGGUGCGGGUACCGGCCACUACACUGCCUUCGCUGUGCACGACGGCCAGUGGUUCCACUUUAACGACAGCUCCGUGCGGCCGGCGAGUACCGAGUCUGUCGCGAAGUGCAAGCCUUACAUUCUGUUCUACGUGCGGAAGGAGUUCUCCAUUCCACCCCCCUUGUGACGUCGUUUCGCCGACAAGAAGCUGCGUCCCGGCGGCGAGAACCUCGAUAACGAGAAUGACGAUGAAGAAGACGACGAUGAUGACGAUAACGACGAUAAAGUGGAGCGAACGAAAGAGAACUGAGCGUACCGCGUUCCUCGCGAACGAAUCUCGAUCGCGGGGCGGAGCGCGAGCAGACGAAUACAAAGAAAGAGAGAGAGAGAGAGAGAGAGAGAGCGCCAAGCGGAAAGAACAAAAAAUCGCACCUCGAGUGUCGUUUCGAGAUCGGAAGAGGAAGAUUCGUCCGUUUAUCGCCUGUAUUAUUCAGAUAAAUGAUUGCUCACCGUUGCCAAAUCGUACAAUCUCGUAGAAGCGUUAUUCGUGUCCGUGUUCGCUAUCGCGUUUCGAUGACUCGUGGCGAAGGCGACCUUUGAAACGCGAUUGGAGUAACCGGUCAGAGAUGUAAUUGCGCCGCGUGUAAAAUCGCUCGAGCCGCGUUCCUCCUCGUGCUUUAUUAGGUAGUUAAAAUCGGGCGGACUCUGAAUUAGCUCGACGUGUAUCAUGAGAAAGAGAGAGAAAGAAAGAGGCAGAGAAAGAUCGACUAAUACGGCGCGCGAGCGUGUAUCGCAUUACUGAUCAUUUCCAUAAUCUUACCCACGACGUCUUUUCCUUAUACCGGGGACGCCGUGGCCUCUCCGUCCUGUCGUUCGUCGCGAAUCGAACGGCGUUUCCUCGUUUCAAACGCAUUGCAUUUCUGCCGGACAACCAAGCGCGAAGCUCUGUGCGGUGUGAGCGCGCUCCUCGGUCCCUUUCGUUUCGUCGAUCAGAGGUCACGGUUGCCCCCGCAUCAUCGACUUGGUUCUCUCGCGCAGUAAGGCAGGCGAGCAAAUUUUCUAUUUUUCUAGCUGUUGUAGUCGACGCGGAAGUCACGCCGAUCGCUCGAGCUGGCCUCGCGCAUCGCGCCCGAGGAAGAUGCGGGCGAGGAGGCGAGAGUGUGUCGCGUAUGAUUGACGUCGAGCACGCAUGCGUAUCGUGUCAAUGUACGUAGCACGCAUGCGGUCGCACGAGUACGUGGAGGCGCGCGAUUGUAUGCGAAGCGUGCACGUCGCCGGGCGAACCUUCCCUUCCUUUCUCGGGAACGGCGAAAAGAAGGAGAGGAGAGGAGAGUGAGAGAAAGGAAGACAGACUGGGAGAUAGAGAGGAAGAGAGAUAGAGAGAGAGAGAGAGCGCGCUCGAGGUGGAUCGCGGAAACGCAUUGCCUUUAGCGUCGAUUUUCUUUACGCUCUUACUCGGCGGCCGUCGACCGCCCUGUCCCUCUCCCCCUCCCUACCAGCCCCCGCUCCACGCUGCCCCCCGAUCGAAUCGAUUAAAGCCCUCCUCGAUAGCGGAAUAACGUGUAAUCGCGUUCCUCGUGUAGUCCUAAAACGCGAAAACGACUGGUCUUCUCGGUAGAUAGAUCUUUUUCUAGGCUUUAGCGUGCACGCGUGUGUGCGCGGCAUCGUUGUUUCGAGGGAGCUGGAAAGCGCGCAAGCACCGUAUAGGGCCGACAGCGUUACUUCUCAAGCGACUCAAGCCACCCUUCAUCCUUCCUAACCCCCUUCACCCCGUCUCUUUACCUCACUCUCCAUUCCUUCGUCCACGUACACACGACGAAUACACACACCACAUUAUGCGUUUACACAUUUACACGUGCGUUCGCACGCAUGCAUGCAUGUAUAUAUACGUAUACACGUGAUCCUCCCUCACCCCCCCCUCCCCCUUCACCCUACGUCUCUCCCUCUCCCCGAUCCGAUUUUGGAUAAAAUGUAUUUGCAAAUAGCGAAUGACGAUUUGGAAUAUGUAUGUGUAAAUGUAUUAAUCAUGUCUAUAUAUAAAAUAUACGUUAACUGUCGUGCGUAUCGUAUAUUUUAUAUACGCAAAAUCAUUUAUAAAUAGUUACUCGUUAUUCGCGGAUAUACUUUACUCAACACCGCUCCGAAGAACCCUUUUCCACCGCCAGUCCUGAAAGACUCGACGACUCUUAUGUGAUUAUUUAAAGACUUAUUUUUUCUAUAAUGAUAACGAUAAUAAUGAUAAUAAGUUAAUGCGUAGCGAAGAAACGUUUUAUUAAGGCGAUAACUGCGAUAAUGCGCAUCUUCGGCAAAGACUCUUAUUCAAGUAUGAAACAUGACGGAAGUAAGCGUGCAAACAAUAUUAUUGAGAACAUGCGAAAUAUGUACGAACGGCGAAUAAAUAAACAACAUGAAUCGGC